AUGGCACAACACAAGAAUGCUUCUGUCGUUGCCGGAGCUCGUAAUUCCCUUGAUUUAUUCCAGCUAACUAGACUCGUUCCUGAAGCACCCGCUUUAGGUGCUAAAGCAGCGCACUUCUAUUUGCUGUCAGCUCCCUUUGUAGCUCUGGGUGGACUUUCACCAAGUGAGAAAGAGAUACUUAAGACUCGAGAACCUUUGAAUCAGCGCUACUUCCGCAAGCAAGCUGGGCUCACCAAUCGCUGGCAAUUUCCUUUUAGUCCAAGUUGUGACCUGCUGGGAAUUGCACAGGCUAAUAAGGCUUUCCGAGUUGGUCUCAAUGAGACUCUGAUGAGAAUAAUGUCAGCUGACACCCCUGUGUCCCUGAAUGCAGAACGAAAAUCUUGGAAGGAAAUCUCAGAGCUCCGGAAAGAGUCCAGGGGUCUACUUGUUCAAUUUCCAUCUGCAAAGCCCAAGUUUAGUUUUUUCUCUGACCAAGGAGCUCCACAUGAGAUGCUUUUUUCUUACACGCAGAAGAUCACCGAAAGCUUAGAGCCAGAUGUAGCACUGGAGUGUCUGGGCUUCCAGUGGGAUCUUCAUCGCAUCUACGUAUUUAAAUCCCAGCUCCUCGCAGACCUUGUUGCUUCCUCUAUACAGCAUCACGGUAUGUAUCAUACAGACAGCAAAACUGACAAAGAACCUAGAUGUUACAAACAAGGUCUACUACCUGGAUGGAAAGAUAAAAAACCCUGUGAAAAGAAGCAAAAAAUGCCCAAAAUAACCAUUGCCUUGGAUAUUAACGAUCCAGAUGUCACUCGAGUUGCUUUUGCUGCUGCACUCAAGAAUUUAUACGACUCAGAAAUAGAAGUGAAUGAAGAAGACAUUGUGGGUAUCUUGGCUUCUGCAUCAGUCCUACAAUUCCCUAAGCUCUUCCUGAAGUGUGUGCAGGUCAUGAGAAGUAGCAUUUCCCCAGCAAAUGUCUGUAGUUAUUAUUCUGCAGGCUGCAAGUACAAGCAACCCUUCUUGGUCUCCGACUGUGAGAGGUGGAUAGAGGUGAACCUUGUCCCUCAGCUGGGCUCUCAGAUUCACCUGCGGAAACUGCCACUGGAACUACUACAGAAGGUGCUCAAAUCUUCAAGGUUAUUUACUUUCAGUGAAUUUCAUCUUUUGAAAAUUACGCUCUGCUGGGUCUUUCUUGAACAAAACCCCAAAAUUCAGAUAAUUCCAUCUUAUGAUACCGUCCUCACGUAUUUUAGCAGCUUACCCAAGAUAAGUUCCUAUCUGGAAAAGGAAAUAGGACAACGAUACAUAGCUAUUUUUCAGUCUCUUCGUUUACAUGGCAUCACUUCAAGUAAGCAUCUGGAAGAACUAUGGCAGAUUAACUUCCUUCCUUUGCCAUGGCUGACGAGGAUCUUGUCCGAUCAUUAUUAUGCACUUGAGAAUGGUGGCGACAUGGCAUUCCAGAGAGACUUUAAUACUCAGGCAGUGAGAUUUGGUAUGGUGCUUACACAGGAACCAAGAUACCAUGCAGAAGUAAUUUCCAUUUAUGGAUUCUUCUUUGAGAUAAAAGCAGUAAGACAUGAAGCUUCAGCAUACAGUUUUUAUAUGCAAAGAGUCAAACAUGCAGAUCCAAUUAUAUCUUUUUUUACUGCUGAGUGCAGCCCUGUUAGCUUAAAGCAGGAGCGUGAAGUUCAGUAUGAAAUAAAAGCACAGUGCCAGGUAGAUGGGAAGUGGCAAGAAUUCACCACAGACAGACUCACACAGAAGUUUGGCGUUAAGAAAUCAUCUUGCAAAAGCAAGGUUUUGAAAGUAUAUGUACCAGCUGUUCCCAUCUAUGUGAUGUUUUCUCUUCUUUUCCCACCAUCAUUGGGGUAA